AUGAUGGGGAUGGGAGGAAGGCAUAAUUGGAGGUUGACAAGUGUUGACUCUUCCAUUCUUUGCCUGCUCAUAUUACUUGUUCAAUCAAUUCCUGCACAACAAGAAGGUUUCAUAAGCAUAAAAUGCUGUGGUGGAAAAGGGCAAACAGAUAGCUCCUCAAUAACUUGGAUAUCAGAUGAUCAAUGGUAUCCAGAUGAAACAGGUUGCCAGAACAUAGCCAGAGCAUCACCCGAUAACUACACAACAGGCCACGAUAAAGUUAGAUAUUUCUACAUUGGUAACGCUGAGAAGAGAUGUUACAGCUUGCCAACAACUCCGGACCACGACUAUUUGAUAAGAGGCACAUUCCCUUUCAGCAACACAGUACUAGGGUCGGAAUCCCCUACCUUUGAUGUCUUGGUUGGUGUAACACCAAUAGGUUUGGUGGACUCUUCAGGAGAAUCACAAGUUGAAAGCAUCUUCAGAGCUACUGAUCAGUACACAGAUUUCUGUUUGGUGCAAGAAACAGGAGAUCCUUACAUUUCACAGAUUGAAUUGAGGCCCCUGUAUGAUGAUUCAAGUUACCUGGAUGGAAAAGAUUCUGCGGUCCUCCUGAAAUUGGUGGACAGAGUGGAUUUGGGAAACAGCGGGAAUACAAUCAGGUUCCCAGAUGAUCCAAAUGACAGACUGUGGACAAGUCCCGAUACAGAAAGAGUCAGUUUGUCUGCAAUAACCGCAAUCAACAAUACCAUCUCCAAGACUGCUGCAAAAGUGCCUCUCAAAGUUCUCGAAACUGCAAUAACAAAUGAAUACAGUUUCCAGUUCUUGUACAUUGAUCUUGAAACAAGGGAUUGCAACUAUACUAUCUUUCUCCACUUUUUUGAGCUAGAUGACAAUGUUAGGCCUGGCCAAAGAGUGUUUGACAUCUAUCUCAACAAUGAAAAGCAGAAAGCAAACUUUGACAUACGGGAAAAGGGGUCAAACUACAGUGAAGUUGCUCUCAACGUUACAGCAAAUGGUUCUCUAAACUUGACCUUAGCCAGGGUCGAGAACAGAUCCAAAUUUGGACCUAUCCUAAAUGCAUAUGAGAUCAUGCAGAUUCGUAAAUGGGUCCAAGGGACUAAUCAAAGAGAUGUGAGAGUGAUGGAUAGGGUGAAAGAUGGGCUGCUGCAGCAAAACAAGGAGAACAAGAAAUUGGAGGGCUGGUCAGGAGAUCCAUGUCAGCCUUCUUCUUGGGAUGGUCUUGCCUGCCACUACAGUAAUGGGUCCACUAUCAUCACUAAGCUGGAUAUCUCCUCAAGUCAACUUCUAGGGCAAAUUCCCACCAUGAUUUCUCAGCUAACCUACCUGAAGGAACUGAACCUCAGCAACAACGGGUUCACAGGCAAGAUUCCAGAGUUCCCAAGGUCGUCUAUGUUGACAGCAGUGGAUCUAAGCUACAAUGACCUUUCUGGGAGUCUUCCAGGCACUUUAGUUACAUUACCACAUUUGACAACGCUAAAUUUUGGAUGCAAUGUUCAUGUCAGUGCAGAUCCUUCCACCUUUAAUCGCUCAAGAGUCACAACAGACUCUAGGGAAUGUGCCAGGCCAGGAUCUCCAAGUAAACACAACCGCGUUGUUAUUGCUAUUGUAUGUGGAUCUUUCCUAGUAGCGGCAGCUGUUGCAGCUGCUUGUCUCUGGCUCUGCAGAAAAAAACUCGGAACUUGGCAAUGUAUGAAUGGAAAACAACUCUUAAUGUCAAAGGGUGCAGUAUACUCCAUAGCCACGACCAAUGAGGACCCCUUGAAGACUAUAAAUAUUCAAAUGUUCACUCUAAGUCAGAUUGAGAAUGCAACCCAAAAAUAUAAGACUCUCAUAGGUGAAGGAGGGUUUGGGUCAGUUUAUCGUGGCACACUAUCUGACGGUACGGAUGUAGCAGUGAAGGUGCGAUCCUCUACCUCAACUCAAGGAACAAAGGAAUUCCAGAACGAGCUAAACCUUUUCUCAGCAAUUCGGCAUGAGAACUUAGUCCCUCUGAUUGGUUACUGUAGUGAAAGUGAUCAGCAAAUCUUGGUCUAUCCAUUUAUGUCAAAUGGCUCGCUGCAAGAUCGGCUUUAUGGAGAAGCAUCAAAAAGGAAAACUCUAGACUGGCCAACCAGACUUUCUAUUGCUCUUGGAGCAGCUCGAGGCUUGACAUUUCUGCACACAUUUGCUGAACGUUGCAUUAUACAUCGAGAUGUAAAGUCCAGCAACAUUCUUCUAGACCAUAGCAUGAACGCCAAGGUAGCAGACUUUGGAUUCUCAAAGUAUGCUCCUCAAGAGGGCGAUAGUGGUGCUUCUCUUGAAGUAAGAGGAACAGCUGGAUACUUGGACCCCGAGUAUUACUCAACCCAGCAUCUAACAGCAAAAAGUGAUGUCUUUAGCUUCGGAGUGGUUUUACUAGAAAUCAUAAGUGGUCGGGAGCCACUCAACAUACAAAGGCCUCGGAACGAGUGGAGCUUGGUGGAAUGGGCUAAACCUUAUAUAAGGGAAUCGAGGAUCGAUGAAAUUGUUGAUCCAGGUAUAAAGGGAGGGUACCACGCAGAAGCAAUGUGGAGAGUGGUAGAGGUGUCUUUAGCAUGCAUUGAGACCUUCUCUGCUUAUCGUCCAUGCAUGCCUGAUAUCGUGAGGGAGUUGGAAGAUGCUUUGAUCAUAGAGAACAAUGCAUCUGAAUAUAUGAAAUCCCUAGACAGCAUAGGAGGAUACAGCUUGGGAGGGUCAAAUCGCUUCUCAAUAGCAAUGAAGCCUCCUGUUCUACCACCACCACCUCCUACCCCACCAGAACCUUCACCAGUCAACCCCCAAUCAAUGGCCUCGGUAGCACCAAGAUAG